ACAAUGUCUCGGUACCAAGACCCUAAGCUCCGGUCACGUCAAAUUAACCGCGAAUAGCGCGCUAGAAAUUCUGAGAAGGCACGGGAUUUAUAGAGUUUCUUGUGAAGUGUUCAUGGAAACCGAUG